GUAUAUAAGCAAAAUUAAGCGCAAAAACUGAGCAUUUACACUGUAGCACCAGAAGGAGACGGUUGACUCCUCUCCUCGUAUCUGUCCCACGAUGAAGACUUCACUCGUUCUAUUUGCCCUCCUGGGCGUCGCAAUAGCAGACAAAGGCCAUGGCGGCGGAGUACCUUCAACAGGCUAUGGACCCCCACCAGCAAGUUACGGCCCACCACCAGCUCCUAGCUACGGCCCACCCCCAGCUCCUAGCUAUGGCCACCCCCAGCUCCUAGCUAUGGACCCACCCCCAGCUCCUAGCUAUGGCCCACCACCCGUCCAUUAUGGCCCUCCACCCGUCCAUUAUGGCCCACCACCCUCCAAAGGCAAAGGGGGAGGAAAGGGAAAAGGCGGCUUCGACCUGGGCAUUGCCAAGGGCUUCAAUGAUUUCAUGAAGGCUAAAGAUAAUGCCGUGAAGGGAGCAGCGAAGGGCAUGUCAGACAUGUUCAACAAGGGAAAAGAUGCCCUGUCAAAGGGAAUGGACUACAUGUCGGGAGGGCUCAAAAAGGGAAUGGACUACAUGUCAGGAGGAUUCAAAUCCCUGAUCAAGAGUAUGGAGGACACCUUCAGCAAGGGCAAAGGUGGCAAAGGUGGCAAAGGAGGAAGCGGUAAAGGAGGUGGAUACCCCGCACCUGUCUAUGGCCCACCCCCCAGCUACGGCCCACCCCCCAGCUACGGUCCACCCCCAGCCAGUUAUGGCCCUCCCCCUGCCAGCUAUGGUCCACCCCCAGCCAGCUACGGUCCACCCCCAGCCAGCUAUGGUCCACCUCCUGUUCCAGCCCCCACCUAUGGUGCCCCUGAUGUUAGUGGUUCUUAUGGUGCUCCAAAACCAGAGGACAUCGUACUCAUCCCUGAUACUGGAUAUGGAGCGCCCUCAGUUCAUGGUCACUCUGCUGGUGUGUCUGUAGGACAUGGUCAUGGAGGAGUAGGCGAUGUUCAUGGUCACGGUCACUCUGCUGGCGUGUCUGUAGGACACGGUCAUGGAGGAGUAGGCGAUGUUCAUGCUCAUGGUCUUUCUAAUGACAUAUCCAAAGGUCACGCUCAUGCAGGAGGAGCAGCUAACGGUCACUCUCUUCCAGUUGUUCCCCUCCCAAUAGAAGCUCCCAUAUCUAGCUAUGGUGUUCCAGUUGAGUCCCAUCAUGUAGAACUCCCCUCAUCUAGUUACGGAGCCCCCAUUCCCCUCCCAGUUCCCCAAGUCCCAGUUCCAGCUUCGAGUUACGGUACCCCUGACAUUGGUCACGCAGCCCCUGUGCCAGCACCAUCUUCAAGUUAUGGUGCCCCUCAUGCAAAAGGUAUUGGGCGCUAAGGGUCAUUAGAGUGGAUUAGGAUCAGCUAACCAAUCAUUCCUAAGCCACAGUGGUGCUCACAAGUUGUUCACCUGAAUUAUAGACAAUAGAUUCUCGUGGUGUGUGUUAGAGGGUCCUGCAAAGACUUAAGAUAAAAAAGCCUUGACAUUUCCGGUCCACCCACCGCAAUGUCAGCUGCGUUUUAUUGCAGCUUUGUAGAAAGAUAACCCAUUAGACUUCCAGGAACCCCUGAGAGUGCAAUAGGUACAGACUCCUUGCGAAAUCCGUCCAAGGUUUGCUUUUGACUCUGCCAUUCCCAGCGUGUGAAUGAUCGAUCGCUCUGGAAACUUCCAGCGUUUGAAAUGAUCGCUCUGGAAAGAGACUGGCCAGGAGCAGUAGUAGUAGUGAAGGAGAAAACAGGACGGUCUAGUGCAGCUUUGUAAAUAAGUUACCCCCGCCUUUGAACAAGUCAAGUCACACCCCAACUGCGAAGGCGCCCCCAGCCCCAGCUUGAAUCGAAACGCCACGUCUUCCGGAGAGGAGGAAGGUGGAGAGAGAUCGAGCCACCAGCUGUCAUGAAAAUAGACGUUUCCAUUGUUAGAAUGACACAGAAACAUAUUCUUUCUAUACUUGUUUUUUAAAAAAACACUGUUUUUAGGUUACACAAAGUUUCUCUCUGUCAGUUUGUGUUAACACGUUGAAACCUUGUUUACGGUUAAGUUUUUCAUGCGAGACAUACUAUAUAUUUUCAGCAGAUCCUCUCAUACGCCACGAUAAGUGUAUAUAUGCUAUAUUUGUUGACUUUAACUAAUGCUUCAAUUCACCUUUUUAAGAAAUAUCAUUAUAUAACUAUAUCAGGGAUAGAGCGAAGAUAACUCAGAUGACAUAUUAGUAAUUAUAUUCACACACAUACUUCGAAUGACCACAGAAGCAAACAUUAUUAUUAUUAUUAUUAUUAUCAUUAUUAUUAUAUUAUUUAUAGCUCUAUUCACUUGGCAUUGUCGUAGAAAUAGUCAAGUCCAGUAUUACCUUGUAAGAUGUCCCACGGUUCUUCUUACUUUUCCUCACAGCCACAUCGACAGAACGUUUCAAACCAGGAAGAGAGAAUUUCCAGUAGACGACUGAUGAACAAUGCUUCACACGUCUCCUUUCAGUUCAGCCCCUUUCCCGUAGACUAGGAAUGCAACAUGCUUCAGCAGAUGCACCAUGAUAUUCACCCUGGGUGAUGAUAAAGCACACAUUUCGAUGACAACAGACACCAAAAGAAUAUAAAUAAAUCAAUAAAAAUAAAGAAAAAUAGAGUAUCGGGCUGCAACUCUCAAGUUUGUCGUGAAACUCGAAAGAUUCAUUGUGUCGUGAGUAGCUCGCGCAGCCACCGAAGGACUCGGUGAGACAGACAAAUGUCUGUUUUGUUCUUAAGA